UUUGCAAUUUUCACAAGCAAUUGCUUUCAAGUAAACGAAAAACGUCCAUAUUUAUCAGAAAAUGUAAAAAAAAGCCGGCAAUUAGUGAGCAAUGCCAGCAAUAGAAGUGACAGCACCCACUCCGGUGGAGAAUAAUCCAAAUGAGGGCGAGAACUACAAGUCGCCGGUCAUCGGUAUCAUCUACCCGCCGCCUGAAGUGAGGAAUAUUGUGGAUAAGACUGCAAGUUUUGUUGCGAGAAACGGUCCAGAGUUUGAGUCUAGGAUUCGACAGAAUGAGCAGAACAACUCUAAGUUUAAUUUCUUGAACCCGGCGGACCCGUACCAUGCUUACUACCAGCACAAGGUCAAGGAGUUCCGGGAAGGCAAGGGGAAGGAACCUCAAAUGCCAAAGGGACAGGGGCUGGGACUGAGCACAAUUAAGCCCCAGGAGGUUGCCAAGCUCAUACAGGAACCUGUUGUACCCACAGAACCACCCCCAGAGUUUGAGUUCAUUGCUGACCCACCAUCCAUCUCAGCAUUCGACCUUGAUGUAGUGAAGCUCACAGCCCAGUUUGUUGCUCGGAAUGGUCGCCAGUUUCUUACAAAUCUGAUGAACCGGGAACAGCGCAAUUAUCAGUUUGACUUUCUGCGGCCACAGCACAGUCUCUUCAACUACUUCACCAAGCUCGUUGAGCAGUACACCAAGGUGCUGAUCCCCCCAAAGGACCUGCUAGUGAAGCUGUCGAAGGAUUGUGAGGACCAGCAGAAUGUACUGGACCAGGUCAAAUAUCGUGUGGACUGGGCCAAGUUCCAGGAAGCUCAGAGACGCAAGGAGGAGGAAGCUAUAGAAAGGGAAAGAGUUGCAUACACACAGAUUGACUGGCAUGACUUUGUGGUGGUGGAGACUGUGGACUUCCAACCCAAUGAACAAGGCAACCUCCCACCCCCAACCACACCUGAGGAAGUUGGAGCAAGAAUCCUAGCGCAGGAGAGACACACAAAACGUGGGGGUGACGACGAGAUGGAUGUUGAGUCUGGAGACUCGGAAUCGGAGGAGGAAAGUGAUGAGGAGGAAGAAGAGGUUCAGAGGAUGACAAACAUGCCACCAAGGCCCCCACAGGAGGAGUCAGAGUCGUCAGAGGAGGAUGAGGAUAUGGAGGACCAGGACAAGGACAGGCAGGAGAUGCGCCCGACCGCACACACACCUGCGCCACCCUCCAUGCCCCCUCCCCCACCCCCUUCGGACAUCCCUCAGCCCCCACUCCCACCCACACCAGAACAGGUCAUCAUCAGGAAGAACUACGAUCCGAAAGCCCGACCUGUCCACCAGGAGCCUGUAGAAGACCAGUAUCUGGUGUCCCCUAUCACGGGAGAAAAGAUUUCUGUGGACAAGGUGCAGCACCAUAUGAAGAUUGGCUUGUUGGACCCCAAGUGGAUCGAGGAGCGUAACCGCCAGAUCCAGGAGCGUGCUGACCAGGAGGAGGUGUACGCCGCCGGAUCUUCCAUCGAGAGCAGUCUGAAACAUCUGGCCGAGAGGCGUACUGAUAUCUUCGGAGCGGGCACAGAAGAGGCUGGUAUAGGAAAGAAGCUCGGAGAAGAGGAUGAGGAAGAAAGGAAGGACAAAAAGGUCGUUUGGGACGGACACUCCGCCUCCAUGGAGAAGGUGGCACAGAAGGCUCGGGAAAACUUCUCCAUUGAUGAGCAGAUUGCUAACAUUCACAAAGUCAAAGGGCUUGUGCCCGAUGCUGAGAAAGAGAAGAUCGGCCCUUCCAUCACAGCACGGAGCACAGCAGGAGCCAUUCCCCCGCCCCCACCCCACAAACCUGCCCCACCCAAACAGCCUCCACCCCCUGGUUUACCACCAGCAUCUACACAGCCUCCCCAGGGCAUCAAGCGUCCGAUGGUUGCUAUAGCGAGUUCCCGCCCCCCAAUGCCUCAGCCCGUCAUGAUGAUGCCACCACGGCCCCCGCCCAUGCAAGUCAUCGGAGUACCACCAGGCCCUCCAAACGUGAUGAUGGCCCAGCCAAUGAGGCCCCCUGGAUUCCCAUCCAUGCCACCAAUGGUGGCCCGCCAGGCUGCCCCACCCCCUCCUGCCCCUGCCUCUGCCCCCGGGGAUGAUGAGCCGCCAAGCAAGAAACAGAAGACGGAAGACCAACUGAUACCAGAAGAGGACUGGCUCAAACAACACCAAGGCAAUGUGAAGUUCCGCGUGUCUGUGCCCAAUAUGCCGGACAAGCCUGACAUGAACCUGAAGGGACAAGUCCUCAACUUCUCACUGCCAUAUACUGACAACGUUUCUGUACUGAAGGCAAAGAUCAACGAGGCAGUCAGCCUUCCUGGUGGAAAACAGAAACUCCAGUAUGAUGGUUUGUUUAUCAAGGACUCGAACACGCUGGCGUUCUACAACUUCACCAAUGGAGGAACUGUACAGCUGCAGUUGAAGGAGAGAGGAGGACGGAAGAAAUAAAUUCAUCCAGAAAAUUUCCUACGCAGCAAUGAAUGCAGAGGAAGGACUGAAUAAUUAUUAUUGAUAUGAUGUUUCAAAAUUGUGUUCGUGUGAUUGUGUUGGGUUUGUGUGUUAAGAAUCAUGUUUAUCAGUACAAACAGGAGUGAUAGAAGAAUUAUUACAAUAUAAUGUUACUUUUUAGAUUUUCAUUAAUCUAUGAAAUAUUUUGUUGAAUAGCAUAUCUUUUAUCUUUUUUUGGUGAUGUUUGAUUUGCACUUUAGCAGACUUGGAUUUACCAUGUAUGGUACCAGUGAUGAAAUGUAGUGUUUAUACAGAUUAUUGUUGCUUUCUCAUUACUUUUAAUAAUGGCAGAGAUUCUGAAUGGGGAGUGUAUUUUAAUUAUGUUACUGUUAAUAGUACUCAUGUAAAUUUCUCAUUUUUCACACAUUGUUGUUUUGUAGAUCUUGCCGUUUAAAUUCUAAAUAAUAACUAAAUUUAAGUGUACGUUAAACUUAGAUAUUCUUUCAUUUGGUUUAUUUUUGUUUAUUUCAUGACUUUCAAUAUAUAAGAAGAGAACAACAGAUUUAACAUCGUUUAAACAGUUGCUGUCUAAAUCAUAUAAGAUGUCAUUUUAUUGUUUGUAAAGUUCUGCCCGCACCCUUUGGCUGCUUUAUGACAUGACACUAAAGAAUUAAAGAGAAUUUUAGAGUUUUUAACAAACUGUCAAACACAAUUAAAAGAUGCAGAGUUACUUACCUUAAAAAACAAUUGUUUCUUCAAUUAGUAUAAACUGGUAUGAGUCUUGAUAGUGUAUUUGAUUUCAUUGUAAAUAGGUUUUCAUGUGUUCUCCUUUAUCAUGUAUUCCAUUGCAAAUAGAAUAGACUAGAAUCACCCUAGUGUACCACUUCAUUGAUUGGUAUGUGUCACUGUUCUCAACAAUGGAGGAGUACAUGUUUUUUUUGGGGGGGGGGAGUUCACAGCUGUGGAAACUAUUUUGGAUUAGGGGCUAUCUGAGAAUAUGUUCUUUUGCUGCUAUUUAUGAACCAGAUAACACCUAAGAGACCAAAUUAACCGUGACAUGUUUGCUAUAUCAACAUUAAAAUUUAUAUUCAAUUUUAAUGAUAUCAAAUAAACUUUAUCCUUUUUUUUAAAAAUCAUCUCAUUCUAGAAUUUUUCUGAGCUAUGCUUACGGUACCCCUGUGAACUUAAUAUCCAUUAAACAAACAUCAAUAUAAAUGUUAUUUCAAACAGAACAGUUUACAAGGCUAUAUAGUUCUAAGCUCAUCAUUGACUUGCAUGUUGUGUGAUCAGAGGCUGUAUUUAUAUAGCAGUUUAGCUGAAAUCAAUUUAAUAGAAAAUGGCUUUUUUCUAAGCUAAACUUCUAAGAAAAGUAGUGUUUGUACAACGAAUAUAUGCCAGAAAAAUGGUCUGAAGUUAUUAACUAACAUGAAUCAACAUGAUUUAAAGUAGACGAGCUUUAAAAUACUGUCAAAAUAAGGAAUUAUUCACUAUUAACUUGAUUUUGAUAACUAAGAUGUUUUAUGGGUUUGACUGAAAGUCACAAGUAUACACUUCUUAAUUCUAAGAGAAUAGAAUGAAUAGUUCUAUUAAAUAUUGCACAUGUAAGUUAAGUUUCUUGAAACAUUCUGUUGACUUCAAAUACAUUGUGACAACUUUUACCAACUUUGUUUUUAUGAUUUGUUUCAGAGAAUCAGAGAAUGUGAAUGUGUAAAAAGCUUUUCAGUAGAUGAUGUUGAAAAUAUUUAGAGUUCUGCAUUUAGAUUGUUAAUAAACUGGGAGUUAAAAGAU